AUGGAUGAGCAGGAGCCAUGCUCUUUCAAUUUGCGCCUCAUCGAAGCAGUGCGCAAUAGCCGCUGUCUUUAUGAUGCCAAGGAUCGGCUCUAUCGCUCGUCCGAUCACAAAACAAGAGUUUGGAAUCGUAUUGUACAGACGUUGCAGUUUGAUGGUGAGUUUUUUCAUGUUCGAAUAACAGCCUGUCUUGUACUCUUCUUCAUCGAGCGUUUUUCCCAGAAUUUUAUCAAAGUUUUUUGUCUUUAUUGA